AUGUGGCUUGCACGCGAUAUCCAGUCCAAGAAAUACGUCGCCGUGAAAGUCUGUACGGCGGAUUCGAAACCACGAGAAGUCGGUGUCCUGUCGGAUCUUAGGACUAGCUCGCGGUGUUGCUCUGGUCAACCCUUAGGCAAAACCAUGAUCCCCUCAAUCACAGACCAGUUCAGCAUUUCAGGUCCAAAUGGUACCCAUGAUUGCUACGUAGGAGCUCUAGGGAGAGCUAGUCUCGCGGGUUUAAAAGACGGAUCAUGGAUCCGUUUGUUUCGACCGGAUGUUGCCCGCGUAUUAGCUGCGCAACUAGUUCUCGCUGUCGAAUAUAUCCACGCUCAAGGAUGUGUGCACGGGGAUCUUCAUCUAGGGAAUAUUCUCCUCGAAAUGCCUCCUGGAUUCGACCAGCUCUCCGUCGAGAAUCUUUACAAGGAAUAUGGAGAACCAGAACUAGACCCAGUGAUUCAUUUAGAUGGAAAGCCGCUUCCACCUAAUAUACCAUCCCACGGCGUUGUGCCCGUCUGGCUCGGAAAAGCAAGCGAGGACAUCACUCUCGCAGAAGCUAAACUCCUCAUCACAGAUUUCGGCGAAGCGUUUUCCCCGUCCAAAGAAUCACAGUACGAAUAUCGCACUCCCCUGAUCCUCCGCCCUCCGGAGGCCCGAUUCGAACCUGAAUCGCCCCUCUCUUUCCCAUCGGAUAUCUGGACCCUCGCGUGCUCUAUCUGGACUCUUAUCGCCCAGAGACCGUUGUUCGAGGGUUUCAUGGCUACUCAGGAUGACAUGACCUGCGAACAUGUUGAUACUCUGGGUAUUUUGCCGCGUGAGUGGUGGGGGAGAUGGGAUGCGCGGCAUGAUCGAUUCACCGAGGAUGGCACGCCCAUUAACAGGAAUCCGUACCGAUCAUGGGACGAUCGGUUUGAGGAUAGUGUGCAGCAGCCGAGACGAGAGUGUGGGAUGGUAACGUUUGAUGAGGAGGAGAGAGAUGCUGUUUCGAAGAUGUUACGGGCCAUGCUCGCUUUUAGGCCUGAGGAUCGGAUUACGGCGAGGCAGGUUCUUGAUGAGGAGUGGAUGGUUAAAUGGGCCUUGCCUCUGUAUUAUGACUCUCGACGUAAAGAGAGGUGGUGA